AUGAAACGAAUUUCUACCCUUGCUACUGCCAUGAGCUUCAUGGCUCUUCUCCCAUGGCCGGGCUUAGCAAGUGCGGAUUGUCCAACCACUGGACCUGGUGCGAGUCCUACGACUAUUCAGCCCAUGGAGAUUGUUCACUGCAUUCCGCUCCAUCUCAGCACUUCAGUUUUGCUGAAUACUACAUUCACUGUUAUGGGCACUCCAGUCAAAGUCACCAACGCUCCUACCUUGGUGACUUCCGACUUCUUGGCUACGACCACGGUCACCUACCUCUCUCCUGUCAAUACCCAAUCGCCCUACGCAGGUCCUUGCGUCACGGUUAGGGCAGCACUGCCUCCCGGAUCAAAGCCUUCUACUAUUAUCAUUCCCCCACAAAGUGGACAGGCUACAGGAACCAAGUACAUCUGCUCGCCGCUUGAGUCGAAUAUGCCGUGGUUGCCGGGCCUAGGCAACCCAACCGCCGGCGGCAAGUCUCCAUUCAUAGGAAGCCUGACGACGGUCACCGCUCCCUACGCGGGCUCGAUUAUGACGACGUUGACGAUUCCCCCUACUGGAAGUGACCAGACAGGCACUGAGCUCAUCCUCAAGCCCACGCCCAAUAACGGAGAUGCCCCUUUCAACGGUCCUUGCACGACGAUAACAGUUCCUGGAUCCGGCACAGCAUUGACAACUUUGACUGUGCCUCCAUCGGGAUCUGACCGCACUGGCACUCAAAUUGUUUGUCUCCCCUCCGCUACUGGAGGUCUGGUAACUAGCACGUCAACAGGGACUCAACCCGGCCAGACUGGGCUGAUUACCCUUACCCCUGGAAAGCCUGGCGAUCCGACUACCAUCGUCACGAUUGUUCCACCUGGUGGGCGGGUAACUUCUACGUCAACAGGAACUCAACCUGGCCAGACCGGGUUGAUUACCCUUACCCCUGGCAAGCCCGGCGAUCCGACUACCAUCGUCACGAUUGUUCCACCUGGUGGGCGGGUAACUUCUACGUCAACAGGAACUCAACCUGGCCAGACCGGGUUGAUUACCCUUACCCCUGGCAAGCCUGGAGAUCCAACUACAAUUGUCACAAUUGUACCUCCUCCAUCGGGAGGAUUGGUUACUUCUACAUCUACUGGCACUCAACCUGGACAGACGGGACUACUGACCCUUCCCCCUGGAAAGCCCGGCGAUCCAACCACGAUUGUUACUAUCGUACCUCCUCCGUCAGGCGGAUUAGUAACAUCUACGUCGACCGGAACCCAGCCAGGUCAAACUGGAUUGCUGACUCUGACGCCUGGCAAGCCUGGAGAUCCAACUACAAUCGUUACUAUCGUACCUCCUCCCACGGGAGGAUUAGUAACAUCUACGUCGACGGGCACUCGCCCAGGUCAGACCGGAUUACUGACUCUGACGCCCGGCAAGCCUGGAGAUCCUACAACGGUCGUUACCAUUGUGCCGCCACCUAGCGGCGGGCUAGUUACCAUUACUUCAACAGGAACCCAGCCUGGACAAACUGGUCUUCUCACCCAGACGCCUGGCCGCCCUGGCGACCCAACGACAGUCAUCACAAUUGUUCCCCCUCCUACCGGUGGACUUGUCACGAUUACUUCAACAGGAACCCAACCUGGGCAAACUGGUCUUCUCACCCAGACGCCUGGCCGCCCUGGCGACCCAACGACAGUCAUCACAAUUGUUCCCCCUCCUACCGGUGGACUUGUCACGAUUACUUCAACAGGAACCCAACCUGGGCAAACUGGUCUUCUCACCCAGACGCCUGGCCGCCCUGGCGACCCAACGACAGUCAUCACAAUUGUUCCCCCUCCUACCGGUGGACUUGUCACGAUUACUUCAACAGGAACCCAACCUGGGCAAACUGGUCUUCUCACCCAGACGCCUGGCCGCCCUGGCGACCCAACGACAGUCAUCACAAUUGUUCCCCCUCCUACCGGUGGACUUGUCACGAUUACUUCAACAGGAACCCAGCCUGGACAAACUGGUCUUCUUACUCAGACGCCUGGCCGCCCUGGCGAUCCGACCACGAUUGUGACCAUUGUGCCCCCUCCUACCGGUGGGUUAGUCACCUCAACCUCAACAGGAACUCAACCCGGCCAGACUGGUCUUUUAACACUAACGCCCGGUCGUCCCGGCGAUCCUACGACAGUCGUUACUAUCGUGCCACCUUCCUCAGGCGGAGUAACGACUGUCACAUCUACUGGCACUCAGACUGGCCUGACGACUCUAACACCUGGUCGACCCGGCGAUCCAACUACUGUUGUUACUUUCAUUCCAAGUCCCACUGGCGGCAUCGUCACGGUCACCUCUACAGGGUCGACUACUGGCCUCGUUACUCAGACACCCGGGCGACCCGGUGAUCCAACUACGGUCGUGACCAUUGUGACGCCUCCUGCCGGUGGGCUGACCACUGUCACAUCCACUGGCUCAACGACUGGGCUGACUACCCUGACUCCUGGAAGGCCUGGAGAUCCUACCACUAUCUUGACCUUCGUUACGCCCCCAGCUGGUGGCAUUGUCACAGUCACUUCUACAGGCUCAACCACUGGCCUUGUUACCCAGACUCCCGGACGACCUGGAGAUCCGACGACGGUCGUGACUAUUGUUCCCUCUCCUCUCGGCAGUAUCGUCACGGUUACUUCUACAAGAUCUGCCACCGGCCUCACUACUCAGACCCCUGGGCGCCCUGGCGAUCCCACCACUGUCGUAACCUUUGUUACGCCUCCUGCUGGGGGACUGACUACAAUUACCUCGACGGGAUCGCAGACUGGUCUCACGACCCUGACACCUGGAAGACCUGGAGAUCCUACUACUGUAGUGACUAUUGCGACUGGCCCUCCUCCUGUGACAGUCACCUCGACAGCCUCGACCACUGGUUUGACUACCCUCACACCCGGAAGGCCUGGAGACCCUACUACAGUCGUUACUUUCGUUACUGGUCCCCCUUACGUCACGAUCACUUCAACAGGCUCAUCGACUGGCCUGACCACUUUGACUCCUGGAAGACCUGGAGAUCCUACUACUGUAGUGACUAUUGCGACUGGCCCUCCUCCUGUGACAGUCACCUCGACAGCCUCGACCACUGGUUUGACUACCCUCACACCCGGAAGGCCUGGAGACCCUACUACAGUCGUUACUUUCGUUACUGGUCCCCCUUACGUCACGGUCACGUCGACAGGCUCUUCGACUGGUUUGACUACGCUUACACCUGGAAGCCCUGGAGAUCCUACCACUGUUGUCACAAUCGCAACUAGCCCGCCUCCCGUUACAUUGACCUCUACUGGCACAACUACAGGCCUGACCACGGUUCCAGGAGGUCCCGGAGGCCCAGCUACAGUGAUUACGAUUGUUCCUCGGAAGGGAUUCCUGGUUACGCUCACAUCUACCGCGACCACAACUGGACUUACAACGGUUAUCCCAACCGAUCCAUUCGACGGCACUACCAGCGUAAUCACGUUCGUCACACCGCCAGCCCCGGUGACUCUUACAUCUACGGGUAGUACAACGGGACUCACCACGAUUCCCCCUGGUCCCAGCGGUGGUCCCUCGACGGUUGUGACCUUUGUGACCUCUCCGGCGAGUCCUCUUUCUCCCGUGACCGUUACAUCGACGGGGUCGACCACAGGCUUGACAACACUACCUCCUGGGCCAAGCGGUGGCCCGUCCACUGUGGUCACAUUCGUUCCGCGUGUUACUGGCUUUUUGAUAACUCUCACAUCUACGGCCAGCCAGACGGGACUCACCACUAUCAUCCCGACGGAUCCAGCCGGCACUACGAGUAUUAUCACAUACGUCACGCCCUCUGCACCUCUUACGCCCGUCACUGUGACUUCAACUGGAACCGGUACUGGCCUGACCACCCUUCCUCCCGGCCCCAGUGGCGGUCCGUCUACCGUAGUCACAUUUGUCCCAUCUCCCACCGGUGGCUUGACAACGGUCACAUCGACGGGCUCGCAGACAGGCCUUACCACCAUAAUUCCAACAGACCCGGCCGGUACUACGAGCGUCAUAACAUUCGUCACGCCCAGCGCUCCCCUUACGCCAGUCACAGUUACGUCAACGGCAUCCACCACUGGCUUGACCACUCUUCCUCCUGGUCCCAGCGGCGGCCCUUCAACUGUCGUGACUUUUGUCACUUCCUCUACUCCUCUUACGCCGGUUACUGUCACGUCAACGGCGUCAACCACCGGUCUGACAACCAUCCCACCUGGCCCCAGCGGUGGCCCUUCAACUGUCGUCACUUUUGUCCAGACUCCCACUGGCUUCAUCACAACGGUCGUAUCAACAGGCACCCAGACCGGUGUGACAACUUUGCCUCAAACCAACCCGACCGGCACGACUACUGUCAUCUCUUUUGUGCCUCCGGUCACUGGCGGACUUAUCACUCUUACGUCAACUGGCACGCAGACAGGCGUCACUACUCUGCCUCAAACGGAUCCUGCCGGAACAACGACUGUGAUUACCUUCGUGCCCCCGAUCACUGGCGGACUUAUCACUCUUACGUCAACUGGCACGCAGACAGGCGUCACUACUCUGCCUCAAACGGAUCCUGCCGGAACAACGACCGUGAUUACCUUCGUGCCCCCGAUCACUGGCUUCCUUACAACAGUUGUUUCGACCGGCACGCAAACUGGACUGACUACAAUUACGCCAACUGGAUUGGGCGGCACAACAAGUGUCAUCACCUUUGUGACUCCCAGUCGUACCAGUAGUAGCAGCUCGACUUCGACCACGCCCACUCCUGGACCGACUUAUAGCUGCGAUGCUGGAGGCUACUUGAUUCAGGGCACAACUUUAUAUCGCUUGAAUCUUACCACUGGUGUUCAAACCACAAUAAGCACAAGCGUCGGGCCCGGUGACGCAGUCAACGCAAUUGGCUAUAACACUCUUGACAACUAUAUGUAUGGUGUUACAACGAUCAAUGGUAGAUAUCGCAUCCUCCGUAUCGCAAGCAACGGUCAGGCUGUUGCCAUUGGACAGGACCUUCCUCAGUUCUAUAACGUUGGAGAUGUAGAUACCGAUGGCCGCUUCUGGGUCAGCUCACGCGGUAGAGACUGGGCUGAGAUUGACUUGAACCCGGCGUCGUCUACCUAUGGUCAACUGCUCAACAACGGAACAGCGACUCUCGCGCAAGAGAUAGCAGACUGGGUGUAUCUUCCGACCGGAGGUGACUAUUUGUAUAGUGUCACAGGAGUCAAUGGCGAUGGGCGAAAUCAGUUGGUCCGAUGGAGCCGAACUACCCAUACGUGGACGAUUGUGAGGGUGUUGCCUGAUCUUACAACCGACAAUUCCCAAUUAUUCUUCGGAGCGUUAUACCCCUCUAGCGACUCAACCUUUUACGGUUCGGACAACAAUAGCGGCAAAAUCUACAAUUUCCGAAUCAAUAACCAGAACCCUGUAUUAGUGACUCCUGGGCCGGCCUCUGACAGCAACGACGGUGCUCGUUGCGUUUUAGCACCCAAUCCUCAGAAUCCUGUUACUUCAACUUCAACUAGCAGUUCCACGACUUCUCCGCCCGUAAGCGGUUUCCUCACAACUGUCAUCUCUACAGGAACCCAGAUGGGCGUCACCACCCUGCCCCAGACCGACCCGGCUGGCACCACCACCGUGGUUUCGUUUGUGCCGCCCGUCACGGGCGCCAUCACCACCGUCGUCUCUACGGGAACUCAGACGGGCAUCACCACGCUUCCUCAGACCAACCCAGCUGGCACGACCACGGUCGUCUCUUUCGUGCCCCCAGUUACGGGCGCCGUGACAACUGUGGUCUCUACGGGAACCCAGACGGGCGUCAGCACGCUUCCUCAGACCGACCCAGCUGGUACAACCACUGUCGUCACUUUCGUUACUCUAACAAGCACGAGCACAUCCACAACGGCUUCCCCGACUGUCAGCCAAGCACCAUUCACGUGCGAAGAUCCCUAUGGAUACCUGGUUCAACAGGCUACACUUUACACUGUUGAUCUCGCAGCUGGUACCCUUCGACAGAUUGGAAACGUGGGAGCUGGCGGGAAUGUCCAAGGUCUCGGCUAUAAUCGACGAGACAAUUUCCUCUAUGCCUGCGAAGCCCUUGCGGAUUCAACAUGCCGAGUUUUGAAAAUUGGUUCCGACGGAUCUUGGAAGUAUAUGAACACUAUUGUACCAAACAAUCCGGUCAUCAACGCUGGCGACUUCGAUUCCGCCGGUCGCCUGUGGCUUUAUGCUGGAGGUGGGACGGCGCAGCGCUAUGCAGUCGUAGAUUUGGUGCCUGGUUCUUCGACUUAUGACACAAUCAUUGCUUCUGGUCCAAUCAGCGCAACACUCGAAGCCAAGGAUUGGUCAUACGUACUUGGCGGAGGAAACUACUUUUACUCGAUGAGAAAAGCUAACGACGCUGCAACAACGUACGAACUGAGCAGAUUCAAUCUGGCGACUUUGUCCUGGGAGGAUUUGCAGGCGUACCCCAAUCAGAAUGCAACCCCAAUUGGCGCAACUUACUCUGGUAAUAACGGAACACUUUACUUCGGAGAAAAUUCUACUGGCAACAUUCGUUACGUUGACGUCAAUGCCCGUGGUAGCCUCUCUACACUUAGCACCGGACCGACGAACUCCCAAAAUGACGGUGCUCGCUGUAUCGAUAGUUCAAACAUUGUUUAG